AUGGAGUCUUUAUUCAUUUCUAAAGAAAUCAUCAAACCAUCUUCAUCACAUGCCAUUCAUCUUCCAAAACCUUUCAGACUAUCCUUUCUAGAUCAGAUUAUUCCCACAACUUACAUUCCACUCAUCUUUUUCUAUUCUGCAAACGAUAAUAACAAUUUCAAAAAAUUCCAAAUUUCAACCCAACUCAAGAUUUCACUUUCAGAAAACCUUUCCACUUUCUAUCCUUUCUCCGGUAGGGUAAAAGACAACCUUUUCAUAGACAACUAUGAAGAGGGUGUUCCAUUUAUCGAAACUCGCGUAAAGAGUCAUUUAACUGAUUUUCUUGAGCAUCCUCAGGUUGAGUUCCUGAAUCAAUUUCUUCCAUGUCAACCAUUUUCUUACCUUAGAGACCCAGAAACAAUAGCACCAAUAGCUAUACAAUUAAACUUUUUUGAUUGUGGUGGAAUUGCUCUCGGCGUGUGCAUGUCACACAAGAUUACUGAUGCAACAACCAUGAGUGCUUUCCUUAAUAAUUGGGCCAAUAACCUACGUGGGUUUUCCAGUAAAAAAAUUAUUCCUGAUCUUUCUGUUGCAUCAUCGUGUUUCCCUCCACUUGAAUCACCAUCAUCUCAAACUUACCUGGCCUUGAUGGAAAAGCUCUGGUCCAGUGAUGAGCACAAGGACAUUACUAAGAGAUUUGUUUUUGAUGCAAAUGCAAUUUUAAAUCUAAAGGCUCAAGCGAAAAGUGAAAGUGUAGAUAACCCAACUCGCAUCAAAGCAAUAUCCUCUUUUAUUUGGAAAUGUUGCACGACAGCUUCUAGGUCAAUAUCAGCUGCCUCCAGACCAUCUUUGUCAGUCCAUACAGUGAACAUAAGACAACGAACUAAACCUUGUCUGUCUGUAUAUACUGUCGGCAACAUAUUCUGGUGGGCAAUUGCAGCCACUGAUGUGGCUGAUGCAAAGAUGAGAUUGGAGAACUUUGCUGCCUUGACGAAUGAAUCCAUUGAGAAACUAAACCAUCAUUACGUUAAUACUCUGCAAGGUGAGAGGGGACCUGAAGCUGCAUCUGAGUUCCUAAACCAACUAGUGGAGAUAGUAUCGGAAAAACCUGAAAUCUUCAGUUUCAGUAGCUGGCUUAAUUUUGGCUUUAAUGAAUUGGAUUUUGGAUGGGGAAAACCUAUAUGGGUUGGACUGUUAGGAGAACUUGGUCCAGCUUUCAGGAACUUGGUCAUCUUUAAAGAGAGUAUGUGCAACAAUGGAAUUGAGGCAUGGGUUACCUUAGAUAAGAAUAUAAUGGACAUACUGGAAGGAGAUCCUGAGUUCCUCAAAUUUGCUACCCCAAAUCCUGGAAUUUUAAUGCCAUGA